AUCGCAGACUGACGACUUCUCAGAGACGGGGUUAUUUUGAAGGCGCUUCCGGUGGUUUAGGCGCGCGAGUUUUUCUGCGCUGUGAGUGCGGCCUGCCGCGGGUUGGCUUCAGAGGCUCAGAAAGCUCGGAGCGGGCCGGUCGCGUCUUCGGCAUCCAUACCAGAGGGAGCUGAGCAAAGACGCGCGCGUGCACGUGACAUCCACCUGCCUCGGGUGCGCGCUGCCACUUUUCCGCAACUUUCUUAUUGCCGCUGCGCGAUGACGUCACGCCAGCGGAUGGUCAUCGCCACUGUGGGCUUGCUGUUGUUGCUGCUUGCACAACACGCACGAGGACAAGUUUCAUCUCCGAGAAGGUUCCGAAGCAAAGUGCUCAGUUCCACUGAACUUUUGGUGUCCUGGAAGGAGCCCAAAGGUCCCAUUGACGGAUACGUGGUGGCCUAUAGCACGGAGCCUGAUGGCAAGGACACCGAGAUGGUCAUGACCAAAGAGGACGUCGAGCUUUUGAUUGACAGUUUUGACGCCAGCAGAGAUUACGCCUUCAGGGUGUUCGCCACGAGGGGGGCGCUCAGGAGCAAACCGCUGCUAGGCAAGCACCAAGCUCAGCUGUCUGGACAGGAAAGGCUUCAGUCCCAAAGUUCACAAGAUGGCGGGGAGGCACAUGUCAACGCCAUUACCGAAGGCGAGGAAAGGUUCAAGUGCGGCACGUCGGCUUCUGCCGACGUGGUCAUCCUGGUGGACGGUUCGUGGAGUAUCGGCCGAAGCAACUUCAGGCUGGUCAGGAGCUUCCUGGAAAACCUGGUGCGGGCGUUCGCGCCGGACGGCGACCGGACCCGCGUAGGCUUGGUGCAGUUCAGCGGCGAGCCGCGGGUGGAGUGGCACCUCAACAGCCACCGGACCGAAGCGGCCGUCGUGGACGCCGUCAGGAACCUGCCCUACAAAGGCGGAAACACCCUGACGGGUUUGGCGCUGACCUUCACACUGGAGAACAGCUUCAAAGCGGAAUCGGGCUCCAGAGCUGACGUUCCCAAGGUGGCCAUCCUCAUCACGGACGGGAAGUCGCAGGAUGACGUGGUGCCGCCCGCGCAGACCAUGAGGGACGCCGGCAUCCAAGUCUUUGCUGUCGGCGUGAAGAACGCGGACGAAGGGGAGCUAAAGGCCAUCGCGUCAGCGCCUGAGGAGACGCACGUGUACAACGUGGCCGAUUUCGAUGUGAUGAGCGACAUCGUGGACGUUUUGACCAGAAGCGUCUGCGGCACGGUGGAGCGGGUGGCAGCGGAAGGAGGUCCUGCCCCCCCACCUGAAAGUCCAGCCCCACCCCGCAACUUGGUGAUGUCAGACAUCACAGCUCGUAGUUUCCGGGUGACGUGGACGCCGCCCGCCGGUGAGGUGGAACGUUACCGUGUGGUCUACUACCCUGCGAGUGGAGGGAGGCCAGAAGAGAAGGUGGUCUCGGGUUGGGAGCGCAGCGUCCUGCUAGACAACCUGAACUCUUUGAGCGAGUACCAAGUGGCUGUGUUCGCCAUUUACCGCAACGCCGCCAGCGAGGCCCUGCGAGGAAGCGCCACCACGCUGGUCCUGCCCACCGUGGAGAGCUUGGAUCUUUCGGAACCCACCCACAACACGAUGAGGGUCCGAUGGAGCGCCGCCCCUGCCGCCUCGGGGUACAUGAUCCUCUACGCGCCACUCAGCCAGGGGGAGCCCGACGACGACAAGGAGGUUAAGGUGGCAGCGGACGUGCGAGAGGCGGAGCUGGAGGGUCUGACGCCAUCGACGGAGUACACCGUGACAGUGUACGCCAUGUACGGCGAGGAGGCCAGCGAUCCCGUCACCGGCCAGCUCAGCACACUGGCACUUCUCCCGGUGACUGGUCUGCGACUGUCGGACGUGGGCCAUAAUUCAGCCCAACUCAGCUGGGACUCCCCCUACACAAAGGUGAUUGGCUACACCGUAGUCUUUGCCAGGAGUGACGGCGUGGAAAGUAACCAGGUGGAGGUGGGCCGCGUUACCAACUGGUCGCUAAACGACCUUAGCCCCCUGACUGAGUACACGGUGGGCGUGAUCGCAGCCUACGACGUGGGACGGGCAGAGCCGACCACCCAGAGCUUCUCCACAGGGAACGUUCCAGAACCUCUGGAUGUGAGGAGCCACGACGCCUCCGCUACCAGCUUCCAGUUGUCGUGGCGGGCCCCUGCUGACGACGUGGCGCUCUACCGCCUGGCGUGGGCGCCCUUGGACGCCGACCAAGAUGGAGCCGGUGACAGCGGAGAGGUACUGGUCGAUGCAAACAAAAACACUUAUUUGGUGAGCGGACUCCGCCCCUCCACCGACUACGAGGUCGUACUGAGCGCAACCUAUGGGAAUGAGGUGGAAAGUGAACAGGUGGUGCUGCUAGAAAAAACCGUGGAGAGAACAACUACUGCUGCAACUACCACCAUUGCAGCUCCUCGUUACGGGGUACGAGGCCUGACCGUCGAUGGCGAAACCACUUCAAGCCUGAGGGUGUCGUGGCAACAGGUGAACGCCCAUGAGGUCCGCCAUUACCGCCUCAGCUACAGUGGUACAGAUGGCAACUAUGAGACGAGGACGCUCCCGUCCACGCAGACCAGUCUGCUUUUACAGCCUCUAUUGGCAGACAGCCAGUACAAAAUAGCCGUCACGCCAGUUUAUCUGGACGGAGACGGACCUACUGUCACGGCAACUGGACGGACACUCCCACUGUUGCCUCCCAGGAAUUUGCGCGUGUCUGAGGAAUGGUACAAUCGCUUCCGGAUCAGCUGGGACCUUCCCAGUUCUCCCACGACGGGCUUCCGUGUAGUCUACCAGCCUCUGUCGGCCCCCGGAUCUGCCCUGGAGACGUUCGUAGGUGAGGACGUGAGCACCAUGAUGAUCGUCAACCUUCUAAGUGGCACUGAAUAUGGCGUGAAGGUCCUGGCUUCCUAUGGCGGCGGAUCAUCCAGCGAGGCGCUGUUGGGUCGGGCCAGGACGUUGCGGCUGGCUGUGACCGACCUGAGUAUUUACCAGCAGACGACGAGCAGCAUUUGUGCUCGGUGGCAGCCCCAGAGGCACGUUAGUGCCUACAGAGCCGUCGUCUUCAGCAGCGAUUACAAAAAAGAUGCCAAGCUGAGUGCGGGAUCCUCUCAACACUGUUUCGACAACUUGAGGCCCGACACACCACACAAAAUCAGCGUUUACGCACAACUGCAGGACGGAACUGAAGGGCCAGCCGCAGCCGCGACCGGAAGGACUCAAGCCGUCCCCACGGCUGCGCCAACAACGCCACCGACCACCACCCCGCUCCCUACAAUUCCUCCUGCUAAAGAAGUCUGUAAGGCAGCCAAGGCCGACCUGGCGUUCUUAGUAGACGGUUCCUGGAGUAUCGGUGACGACAACUUUUUGAAGAUCAUUGGUUUCUUGUUCAGUACUACUGGAGCGCUUGACCAGAUUGGACCUGAUGGCACGCAGGUCGCCAUUGCUCAGUUCAGUGAUGACACACGCACCGAGUUUGCGUUGAAUGCCUACAAUGACAAGGAGCGCCUCCUGGAAGCCAUCAAUAAAAUCUCCUACAAGGGAGGAAACACCAAGACGGGACGCGCAAUCCAACACAUGAAAGACAACAUCUUCACGGCAGAGGGCGGUGUCAGGAGAGGAGUCCCCAAGGUCCUGGUGGUUCUCACCGAUGGUCGAUCGCAGGACGACGUCAACAAGGUCUCCAAGGAGAUGCAGAUAGAAGGCUUCAUUGUCUUCGCCAUCGGUUUCGCUGACGCGGACUACGGCGAGUUGGUAAGCAUCGCCAGCAAACCCAGCGACAGGCACGUUUUCUUUGUGGACGACCUAGACGCCUUUAAGAAGAUCGAAGAGAAGCUGGUGACCUUUGUGUGCGAAGCUGCUACGGCCACCUGUCCUUUGGUGGCCAUGAAUGGUGGCACAACUCCGGGCUUUCGUAUGAUGGAGCUGUUCGGGCUGCUGGAGGAACGCUACAGCAACCUGGCUGGCGUUUCCAUGGUACCCGGAACCUUUAACGCAUUCCCGUGCUUCCGACUGCAUGGUGACGCACUGCUGGCUCAGCCAACCAGGUUCCUCCACCCUGAAGGUCUUCCAUCAGACUAUACGAUCACACUGCUUUUCCGGCUGCUGCCCGGCACCCCCCAGGAACCUUUUGCACUCUGGGAGGUCUUGGACCAGGAUCACGAGCCAUUGGUUGGUGUCAUCCUUGACAACGGUGCGAAGACAUUGACCUUCUUCAAUAACGACUACAGAGGACACUUUCAGACCGUCACCUUCGAGGGUUCGCACAUCAAGAAACUUUUCCACGGAAGCUUCCACAAGCUUCACUUGGUGAUCAGCAAGACAAGUGCCAGCGUGCUGGUCGACUGUCAAGCGGUGUCUACCAAGGCCAUUGAAGCGGCGGGAAACAUCACCACGGCCGGGAUGGAAGUUCUGGGAAGGAUGGUUCGCUCCAGAGGGACCAAAGACAACUCGGCACCGUUUGAGCUCCAGAUGUUCGACAUUGUGUGCAGUACCUCGUGGGCCUCCAGGGAUCAAUGCUGUGAACUUCCGGGUUUGCGCGACGAGGACAAGUGUCCUGCCAUGCCAAAGGCCUGCACCUGCACCCAGGACAGCAAAGGUCCCGCAGGACCUGUCGGACCACCGGGUGGGCCGGGAAUACGAGGAGCCCGAGGUGAACGUGGAGUUCCAGGGCCAGUGGGGCCGGCUGGAGCUGUAGGUGAGCCCGGAGUACCGGGACCCCAGGGGUCUCCAGGGCCACUUGGGCCCAGUGGUCGCUCCAUAAGGGGAUCCCCGGGUCCUCCGGGGGAGCAAGGUCAGAAAGGAGAGUCAGGUCAACAGGGUCUGCAGGGCGUGGCGGGCCGAGCGGGCGUUCCUGGUAGAGAAGGACUUCCCGGCUCCCGAGGGCUGCCGGGCAAAGAAGGCCCCCCCGGCCGAGCGGGCCCCACUGGAACUAUUGGAACUCCAGGAGCCCCGGGUGCACCUGGAAGCACAGGACCCCCAGGAAAUCAAGGGGAACUGGGUCCGCCGGGUCCUCCAGGAACCAAGGGUGACAAAGGUGAACGGGGCGACCUACAGUCCACGGCCACGGUGCAGAACAUCGCCAGGGAGGUGUGCGAGCAGCUGAUCCAGAGUCACAUGGCUCAGUUUAACGCCCUCCUGAACCACGCGCCCAGUUCGUCGGUGACCAUCCGCACCGUCCCGGGACCGCCUGGGGAGCCCGGUCGAAAUGGUUCCCCGGGGCCGCAAGGGGAGCAAGGUCCCUCUGGAAGGCCGGGCUUCCCUGGACAAAACGGCCAGAACGGGCAACCUGGAGAACGAGGCCCCGCAGGCGAGAGAGGUGAAAAGGGAUCUGCUGGCGUGGGAGUUCAAGGCCCCAGAGGACCUCCGGGACCUCCCGGUCCACCGGGCCAAGGCAGACCCGGCAGCCCGGGGCCGUCAGGAAGACACGGAAAUCCGGGCACGCCGGGACGUCCUGGCGUGCCCGGCCCUGUGGGCUCUGCCGGACCUCCCGGUUACUGCGAUCAAAACUCUUGCGUGGGUUACAACGUCGGAGUCCAACUGCCGUCCAACAUCUUCCCCAACUACGGGGAAGCGGAGGAGGAAGACCCUUACCGCUACUACCAGCCUGACUACCCGCCACCUCGGCCCGUCCUGGACCCGGAGCUGGACAAUGAGCAUUCGGAACCGGAGGCAAGCCACCUGGAUGAGGGGGUGGGGUCGGAGAGGAGAAACAGGAGAGGCGGCGCUUGGAAGUGAUGGAGCCGAGUUAGGAGAUCCAGGUGGAGGGAGGGAGUGUAGCUAACACAUGUAAUCCCUGUUCGUGUUUCUUGUUAAACAGAACUUCCUGGAGGUCUCCCCAGAUGAGCCCCCGCCUCCAUGUACGAUCGGCCGCCGUCCAUUAAUGUUGGCCGCUCGGAAAGGGGGUUGUGGGGGGGCUGGCAUUCGGGAAGUCAUUGACCCAACUUGUGGCAGUAAAAGUAAUUUAUUCGGACAAAUUUCUGUCCACUUUGUCAACAUAAUAAAAGACCUAGAGUACAAUCAAAGUGUGAUGUGUCAUGCGCAGGGACAUAAAAAGUGAUUCUUCAAGUCAAGCGCCGCCAUGCCCGCCAAUACAAUGCAGCGUGAUUAUUCAUGUUGUCACCUCUAUCUUUUCAUCUCAAUCAACUCUUCAUAUUCUCACUCCCUGUCUUUAUCUAUUCCUCAUGCUGUCACCUAUUCACGUCUUCAUCUCUUUACGGGGCGAUGUUGGGGGUGUGGACCCAGGUCUCUAAGGGGCCCGGUUUGUUUGACAUUAGGCUUAAUCUUCAAGUUAGCAGGGGUGUGAUUAGUCGGUGAAGUUGGUUUUUAAAAAAAUUCUGUGCAGUUUAUUAAUUGUUUGUUUCAGGGCUCCGGAGUGGCUAAGCUAGCGUGAGUCAAUGGGGUUUGCGAGCAUGCCAAUAAAAAAACAACAUAUGCACGCGUGAGAUUCACCGAUGUGAUGACCUAUGCAAUCAAUUGUGUGGCUAUGUUUUCAGGAUGAAGUUAAUAAAAUUUACCAUUGCAUGUCAGUAACUGUUGUAUGAGGAAUAACAUUUGUAAUCCAGCAUCUCUGCAGGGAACAGGCUGUCUAGGCAAGAAGGAUGGAGUGU